AUGAGUUUCAAAGAUAAAGUUGUUGUAGUGACCGGAUCCAGUUCGGGUAUUGGCGCCUCCGCCGCCAUCGAGUUCGUUAAAGAGGGAGCCAAUGUUGUCAUAGUGGGAAGGAACGAGGCUAAGCAUAAUAAUGUAGGUGAAAAGUGCGAAAAGUACGUCAAGAACCCUCUUGUCAUUAAAGCCGAAAUGUCGAAUGACGCCGACGGAAAGAGGAUUGUCUUCGAAACAAUAAGGAAUUUCGGAAGGAUCGACGUGUUGGUCAACAAUGCUGGAAUAGGCGAAAUGGGUGACAUUACCAAUGAAAACUUUAUGGAGGGUUACGACCGCAUCAUAAACGUGAAUCUGCGUGGAGUGGUGUACAUAACCCAUCAAGCUAUACCGCACCUAAUC